UAGACAAGUUUAUAUCACAUCGAAACUAUCAAAACAGCAAUCGAAAAAAACAAAUCGUGAUAGGCCUUUACUUUCCCCGACAAAUAUGAUUGCGUACAUCACCCAUAUACACAGCCGAAAUACUAUUGAACAUGGAACAUGGAGUAUAAUAAUGUGUAACUUAAUUAAAUGAUAUGUCUAUUAUCGUCAAAUGCAAACAGAUCUCUUUAAGAAGAACGCCUUAAUGCUAAGUAAUGAUUUUAUUAUAUUUUUAAUUUUUCUCUUUCAGCUCUGACAUUCUAAGAGCCUGCAUCAAUGAGGAUCAAGUCACAUGGAUCACCCUUUGUGGUAAUAGUUCGACAUCAGAAUGGUGAACUGCUACUGUAAAUUGUUGUGCAAUCGAGGCGAAGACAAGAAAAUGGAAAAUGGAACUGCGUUGGGUCACUUCGAACCGAUCCCAGGCGAGCCAGACGGGCCCGAACCGCCCCGAAUAUCCGAUUCCUCCGAAUCUUUGUUCAAACGGUUAUGGAUUGAUCCGAUGUACUUCAGAUGGAUUACGACAGUGGUCUGGGCUGUCGGUAUUGCGGUUACCUUCGGUGUCGUUGGGGAUUUCUCGAUGUUUUUCAUCUAUCUGGAGCGAGAUUUCGAAACAAGUGUGACCGAACUAAGUGUACUCGGUGGUCUCCCAUGGUUUCUCACCUGCUUCUUCUCUCCGCUCGCGAACCAGAUCGUGAGCUGGGUCGGCUACCGCUCUACGAUGGUAGGCGGGUGUUUCAUCUGCUCGAUCGGGCUGUUCACAACGAGCUUCAUCCACGAGCUUUGGCCGGCCUUCAUCACGUACAGUUUGAUGGUCGGUGGGAGCGCGGUGAUCGUCUACACUGCGGGUUGCGUUUAUAUCACGGAAUAUUUCGAUAAAAAGCACUGUGCGGGGCCCGUCUCUUCAAAUGGACUAGCAUUUGAAAUAUCUAUCCUCGUCUUCAGUCCAGUGAUCCAGACCACAGCGAGCACCUGGGGCUGGCGGUGGUCGAUACGUCUUCUAUCGUUUUUCACCUUGUGCGCCACAUUCCUCUACAUCGUAUUCAUCCGCAAACCUCCAAAGGACAUGUUCAUAGACGACGACGACUACGAUGUUGUCGACGACAAGAAGGCUAUGCGAAUGGAGCUCCGUGAUCGUGAAAAGGACGAGGUAGGCGUCGAUGGUGGAGUUGCGGAUGGAGAAGGACAAUGGCAAAAGAAGGACGAAGGGGAGAUGGCUGAACAAGAGGAGGAGGGGAAGGAGAAGAAAGAAAUUAAGCAUUGGAAAGCGUCGAUACGGAAAUAUGUCGCAUUGCUCAAGAUGCCGGCCUUUUCACUUUUUCUGAUUGGAACAGUCAUUUCAUUCAUAGCCAUCUCUUUCAACCUAAUAAAUUUUGGAAGCUACCUGGUUUCGGUUGGAGUGUCGGAUAAGGAGACAGCGCUGUUUCAUUCAUUUAUGGCCGGUUCGUCUCUGGUCGCCCGGGUCUCAGUUCUUUUUAUCCACCUCCUCCCAUUCUCAAUUCUACUAACCUACCCAACCAUCUCCGCCAUCAGCUGCGGGGCAUCAAUUAUCAUCCUCCUAGUAACCCCUCAAUGGGUGUUCUAUUUAUAUUCCAUAUUGACAGGAGCGAUGCGUGGCUUGUAUUUCUCGCUGUCAACUGGUAUGGCCGUGGAGCUCAGCGGGAGAGAUAAAGCUGCCGAGGCCUAUGCGUUGACCUUCGCCGCGUGGGGCUUCGGCAGUAUAGUGGCUGCAGUUCUACCUGCUAUCACCCAUCGUCUUACCGGCUCUUACAAGGUUUCCAUGAUGAUGUGCAUCGCCUUCUGGGGACUGUCCGCAAUUUUGUUCUUGAUUGUCUAUCUCUUGAAUAGAAGAACACGGCGGAAACGAUCGUCCUCCAAAUCAAGCGUUGAGGGCGGUAAAAAAGAAUCGUUGUUGCCUUCGAGAGAUGUCAGCAAGGAGCUGAUAGUAUCCACUUCGUACUCUCCCCUCCCUGACCAAGAUACGGCGGUGGUUUGAAUCAAAGGUCGAUCACGUCUAAAAACUUCACCCAUCAGUGCUUUCACUUUCCAGAAUGAAUUAUCCUCAGAAAA